UUAAUUAGAUUUUAGGGUUCAGUCUCGUUUCUGGUCUGUGCGGAGUCUUUAUUGAUUUCGAAGCAGAGCAGCUUCGUCCCCGGCGAACAGAACCCUGACUCUACACAUUUCCGGCAACUCAAACUCCGUCUCCGGGAACUCUGCAGGCCUUGAUUCGAAGAAGGAAUUUUCUGAAGGUUUGACGAUGGAUGAUGGUUCGGGUGAAAGCUCUACGGUAGGAGAGAAGCCUGUGAUUGUUAGGGUUAAGCGUAAAGUAGGACAAUCUCCGCUCGAUGCUUUCUGGUUGGAGAUAAAUGAAAGACCUUUCAAACGACCCUUCCUCGACGACUUCUCAAAGCUCUCUAUCUCCAGUUCCGCAAAGAAAGUUCAUGUGGCGGAGGAUGCGAAGCCCAAGAAGGUGUUAGUGCGGCAUUUGGAGACACUCACUGACUCUGAAACCCCUCUUGAUAUCAUCCACUCUUUAUUUGAGUCUGAUCUUGAUGAGCAGAGUUGCAGUAAAGGAAAGUUUGAGGAUCGAAAAAUUGCCUUCAAGAAAGACAACAGAAAAGAACAGCUCUUGACAAAAGCUGUACAGCAGCAACAGACCGCUGCACAGACUGCUCGGUUCAAGCAAAUAUGGCGGAGUAGGAAGGGAAACAUUGAAGACAUUCAUGAUAAAGAACUUCAUGAGAGGUGUAGUUUCUUUGAUGUUCUUCGUGUUGACGCUGAAGAAAGACCAGACAAUGCACCACCUGAGGUUGCAUCCUUGGAGGACCAGAAAAUGCUGGCUAGUUUCUUGCCUCUCCUCAGAGAAUGUCUUCCAACAGCAGCUGAAGAGAUUGAAGCUGAUAUCCAUUCCAGUCAUGCUGAAGAAUACGUUUAUGAUUUCUAUGCUGUAAACGAAGAGAUGGAUAUCAGUGAAGACAGUUCUAAGCACCAGUUUCCUCUUGUCACAGUGGAGGAGGAGGAAGAGUUCUGGGAUGGACCUGAUGAUGAAUCAGACUGUGACUCUGAUGAUUCAAACGCUGAAGAUCAUCCGAGGAAUGAUUACCCAGACGAGAUCUCUGAAGAGGAGGAGGAAGAAGAAACAGAAAAAGAAGAAGGUGAUGAGGAAGAUGAGGAAGAUGAAGAUGAAGAAGAGAAGAGUGAAGCCUCUGACGAUGAAUCAAAAGACGAGGAGACAUUAGAGAGACAUGUGAGAAUGGCCCUUGAUGACGAUGAGGAGUUCUUUGAUGGUUAUGCAGAGGAGGAUGUAAAUGUUUAUGGGGAUAGCGAUGAGGAGUUUGAGGAUGCUAAGUGGUCUUACCGGGGAUAGUGCAAGGCUGUGAAUCAAAAUUGCUCACCUUCUGUUAAAAACAAAACUAACCAGUGUUUGGUAGAUGUUUUGGUAUUGCAAGAGAUCAAAGAGUUGCUAUAAGCUCACUAUUCAUAAAUAAUCAAAUGUUUAAAUCUUCAAUACAAUUAAACACGAAAUAUUAUCUGUA